AUGGCGAACAAGCACACAGCCACAUCCAACUUCAUUGCCGCCGACGACAGUUUAGAGAGACAACUUAAGAUGUUCUGGAAGUUGGACACGACUGAUUCCAUUCAUGAUGACACCAAGGGGAUGUCGGUGAAGGACAAGCAGGCUAUUGCGAUAUGGGAAGAAAGUGUUCGUCUCACAGAUGGGCACUACGAGUUGGCUAUCCCAUUUAAGAAUUAUCCUCCGCACUUGGUUGAUAAUCGCACUGUUGCGGAACGACGUCUUUUUUCGUUGGGCAAGCGGCUACAGAGAGACACACUACUGCACGCUAAGUACACUGAAGGCAUGCAGGAUCUCAUCAACAACGGUUAUGGAGAAAGUGUUCCAGAAGAGGAAGUUCAUCCCUCAAACAGCACCGUGUGGUAUCUCCCACAUCACCUGGUGUACCAUCCGAAGAAGCCUGACAAGGUUCGCAUAGUAUUCGACUGUGCGUCUAAGCAUGUUGGAACAUCACUCAACGACGAGGUGCUAAGUGGACCAGAUUUGACCAACAAGCUGUUGGGGGUACUCUUGAGGUUUCGGCAAGAGACAGUGGCACUUAUGGCUGAUGUCCAAGCCAUGUUCCAUCAGGUCAAAGUCACUCAUGAAGAGCGAGAUGUCUUGAGAUAUCUGUGGUGGUCUGAUGGUGACAGCUCUCGACAGCCGAGUGUGUAUAGGAUGACUGUACACCCCUUCGGUGGUACAUGGAGUCCAAGCUGUUGCACCUUCGCUCUGCAACGUACCGCUGAAGAUAAUCGAGCAGACUUCCAACCUGACACAGUUGACACAGUCAUGCGUAAUUUUUAUGUAGAUGACUGUUUGAAAUCUGUCGCCAGUGAAGAGAAAGGAAUUCAGCUGGCACAGGAACUCCGUAGUCUUCUUGCUAGAGGAGGUUUUAGGUUGACAAAGUGGGUAAGCAGCAACCCACAAGUUCUUGCAUCCAUCCCCAUCGAAGAGAGAGUGAAGGAUGUCAAGGAGCUCGAUCUGAACUACGAGGCAUUACCGACCGAGAGCGCUCUCGGAAUGCAGUGGGAUGUUGAACUGGACUGUUUUGGCUAUAAAAUCAGUCCCAGCGACAAGCCAUUGACAAGAAGAGGAAUACUUAGUGUCUGCAGUUCUAUCUAUGAUCCACAUGGGUUUGUGAGUCCGUUCACUCUGAGGGCCAAGGUUUCAUACAGGAUCUAUGCCGAAGAAAGCUGGGCUGGGAUGAGUCACUUCCAUCAGAGCACCUCAACAGUUGGCAACAGUAGAAACAAGAACUACCCGAGAUAG